AUGCAGUCUGGACAGCUGCGACGUGACCCGCCCCCGAUACAACCAUCGUCAAUUCAAAAGAUGUUAGAUGAAAAUGUCCGACUUAUCCACAGUCUUAUAGCACACCAGAGAAUGGGUGCAACAAAAGAAGCAGCAGAAUUAGAACGUGUUUUGCACCGUAAUCUUAUCUAUCUGGCAACAAUAGCUGAUCGUACAACAGUCCAACCUGCGGGCACUCCUCACCCACCUCCUACUGGGUUACCUCAGCCCAAUCAUCAAAUUCAAGGCUCCGCUCCCAAUUACGCCGCACAGCAUGUGGUCAAUGCAACACCGGAAAUUUCUCAGCAAUCUGUAGCACAACCGCAUCAGAUUACAGUUAACUCUUCAAUGCACCAUCCCGUACCUGUGGUAGUUGGAUCUACUACAAUAUCUACUGUUGGAAAUCCUAUCAUGUAUCAACAGUACUUAGUUUCAUCGCAUAUUUCAAAUAGUCCACAAGUCAAUAAUUCACAAGUGCAUAUACCAGUGAUAUCUGGCCAACUUCAGCAUCAUGAACGGAUGCUCCAACCGCUCAAUGGAAAAGUUGUGCAUAGUGAACAUAUUAGUAAUGCUUAG